AUGUUUUCUUCGCGAACGACGCCGCUGCGAACGACGACGAACGAUGAGGAGGCGAGAACGCCGACGCCGCUGAAGAGCGCGCUGAAGAAGGGCGGUUUGAGCAAGGCGCGCGUCGUCGUCGAUGCGGAUGGGUUCAAGUAUAAGAAGAGGCGGAGCGACGUAGGCGGAACGUCGACCGCGGUGACCUUCGCCGAGCCGCUGUGGCCGGCGCGACGAACGAAUGGUGUCGGUGCAUCGAGUGCACAUGUGAACGAUACGUCGGCGAGCGAUGAGGCGCGCGGAAGAGAGGAUUUCCACGAAAAACUCCCGAAUAACAUGCCAGAGGAUGAGCGCAUGCAGCUGUUGUGCGAGAGCGUGUGUAACGCGGAGUGCGCGGCGGUGAUUCCGCGCCUGAGGACCGAGGACCCGGUCGCGGCGAAUGCUGUGAGCGACGCAUUGCAAGAGUUCCAGCUUCGUGUCGAGCAGCUGCUCAUCGACGACGAGGUGAAGUUUGAGGAGGGUCCGCAGACGGUCGCGGCGAAGAUUGAGAGUCGCAAGUCGACGCUGCGAGACAUUCGAGACGCGCUCGAGCGCGAGUCCACGCAGUGGUCUUGCAUGCUCGAAGGAUCGUCCAAGAGAGUCACCGCGGAGAAUCCCGUGGUGGAUACCUCCGAGCUCGGUGAAUCGGAGGUGGGCACGCUCGCCGAGGCUUGCGAGCGAACCCAGCGCCGUUUGCUCUUGCAAACCGAGGGCGCGCGCGGUCUCGUAGAGGGCGUCGAGAGUCUGUGCGUGCGCGCCGAGCGGGCGUGCGAUGUUUUCGCCGCCGCCAUAGCCACGAAUGAUUUCCGUUCACUUCCCUCGUAUCAGUCGCCGCAUAAUCUCAUCGCCAGUCUCAUCGGCGGUCGGUGA